GACUUGUCCAGACAGGUUAUGUCACCGACGGAGGCUGCCCUGAAGCUCCCUGUGGCCCGGAGACUAUGUACAAGAGGAAUGGUCUGAUGGCUAGCGUGUUGGUCACCUCCGCCACUCCACAGGGCAGCAGCAGCUCAGACUCUCUGGAGGGCCAGAGCUGCGACUAUGCCAGCAAGAGCUACGACGCCGUCGUCUUCGAUGUCCUGAAGGUGACUCCCGAGGAGUUCGCUAGCCAGAUCACACUAAUGGACAUACCCGUGUUUAAAGCCAUCCAGCCGGAGGAACUAGCCAGCUGUGGAUGGAGUAAGAAGGAGAAACAUAGUCUCGCCCCCAACGUCGUGGCCUUUACCCGGAGGUUUAACCAGGUCAGUUUUUGGGUUGUACGAGAAAUUCUAACAGCACAGACUUUAAAAAUAAGGGCAGAAAUCCUGAGCCAUUUUGUGAAAAUAGCCAAGAAACUUCUAGAACUCAACAACCUUCAUUCUCUCAUGUCUGUGGUGUCAGCAUUGCAGAGCGCGCCCAUCUUCAGGCUGACGAAAACCUGGGCUCUUUUGAAUCGAAAAGACAAGACCACCUUUGAGAAACUGGACUACCUGAUGUCCAAAGAAGAUAAUUACAAGCGGACUCGGGAGUAUAUCCGAAGCCUGAAGAUGGUUCCCAGUAUUCCCUAUCUAGGCAUCUAUCUUCUGGAUUUAAUCUACAUUGAUUCUGCGUAUCCUGCCUCAGGCAGCAUCAUGGAAAAUGAACAAAGAUCCAAUCAGAUGAACAAUAUUCUCCGAAUAAUUGCUGACUUACAAGUUUCCUGCAGCUACGACCACCUCACCACCCUGCCCCAUGUGCAGAAGUACCUGAAGUCCGUGCGCUACAUCGAAGAGCUCCAGAAGUUUGUGGAGGACGACAACUACAAACUGUCACUCCGAAUUGAACCAGGAAGCAGCUCCCCAAGACUAGUCUCUUCCAAGGAAGAUCUUGCAGGCUCUGAUGCUGACUGGAUAGAGGGACAGCAUGGCAUGGCCAAUGGAGCACUGGAUGGGGGACCAGAGGGCCCUCACCUCAGCUCCAGCUCACACUCAGCAGCUGUACCAGGUCCAUCCAGCGGCUCCAGUUCCGCAAGGUUCAGCCGGCGGCCCACCUGUCCGGACGCCUCUGUGGCCGGCAGCCUCCCCACGCCCCCGGUCCCGAGACACAGGAAGAGCCACAGUCUGGGCAACAAUAUGAUGUGUCAGUUGAGUGUAGUUGAGAGUAAAAGCGCGACAUUCCCGUCGGAGAAAGCGAGGCACCUGCUAGACGACAGUGUCCUAGAGUCCCGCAGCCCCCGCAGGGGCCUCGCCCUCGCCUCCUCCUCCGCCGUCACCAACGGACUCUCCCUCGGCAGUAGUGAGAGCUCAGAGUUUAGUGAAGAGAUGUCUUCAGGGCUGGAAAGAAAGAGUCCACUCCCUCAAAAACAUGUGUGCAUUCGAGACUUCCUUGAAGACCCCAUGGCAGAGUUGGAGAGGCUUUACCUCACCUUCGAAAUCUGCAAAACGUUGCUCUUUCUCUCACAGUGCAGUGACCCCUCUGAAAUCUCCCGCAUCCUCUGGGAAACCCCCGGAAAAUGGAAUCAUGGCAUCAGAGCCUCAGGCCUGCCAUCCCCAGGGCAGAGCCUCUGAGAGCACUCCUCUCCCUCCUGGAGCAGGUCAGGGGACUCUGGCAGAUGCCCUGGGAUGGACCAGGGUUCAGGGCUGCCUCUUGGGCCCCAAACUCUGCCAUGUGUUGGGAGAGGGAGGCAAGAUUCUGGGGGGUGAUCCUGGAGGCGAGGGAUCCACUUUAACUGAAGUGCAAGCAUAAGGGUGGUGUUUUCAGGAUGACUCUCACCAAGGGCCUCGCUGCCCCACCCAGCCCCACCCCGUCGCCCUGUGGCUGAGGCCCAGUGGCCCCCCGGAGGCUCGUGUCCCUCACCUGCUCACCCCUCAGUCUGGUUUCCCAGGUCCAUCCCACUCUGUGCCUCCAUCCUGCUGCUCUGCCUUGGGUGGCAGCCCAGCUGGGUGAUGGGCCAAGCUUCUGAUUUUGGUUCCCCCCGAAGGCACCAUCUCUUGCUUUACUCUCAGCGUCAGGAACUGAAGUCUGGUAAAUAAGUCUCCACCCAGGAGCUCAGGCCCCUCUGGGAGAAAAGAGUGGGCAGAGUCCCUGGCCUUUUGAUUGACCCUGUCCUUGGGCCCUGACAGACAGGGGCUGGGCCCUGCCAGCUAGCUGCUGCAGCUUCCCAGGUAGCUGAAAAAUCUCUGCCCAUGACCUCUGUGUCCAGCACUUAUAGCCCCUGAGGGUCGGGACCUGCGAGGUGGGCAGGCCCCUCCUUCCACCUCGCGUUACUCCUCUCUGUGCAUAUCUACUGUGCUUUCCGCUGUCUGCAGCCCAGACUUCUAGACCUCUCACCUCACACUGGGGACACCUCUUAGCUCCCAAGUUUACAUGUUAGAGCUUCACCGAGCUGCAGAGCCUGACUGUCAGCCUCUCCUAUCUGAUUCCUCAUUGCCAGAGAUAAAACCUGAUUGACCUGGCUUGGAUCAGGGGUUGUUCUGUCCCCUUACUUAAGCAUCCAGUACAAAUACAGCUCCUAGGGACCCACUCAGUGGAUCAGGGACACUGCCCAGAGAAGAAUGUGAUUCCCAGGCAGCAAAAGUCCCUUAACAAAAACUGCUGGAAGGGAUGUCCCAGGGCCCAGAGGACUCAGCCUGGGCAACAAGUGGGUGACCGCGUGAGCCCCCAACACCAGGGUCGGGGCAGGACUGAGCAUGGGGCGGGGCUGAAGAGCUGCUGGGGAUGCCAGCCCACCCGGGCCUCCCCUGCCUGUCUGGGAGCUGCUGAUGGGCACUCUUGGUCUCCCAGACUGGUACCCCCUCCUCAGGCUGGCACGGGCUCAGGAAGGGCUGGGGUGGCCGUGGCUGCAUCACCCGUGUACUGCUGACAGGUCUCUGGGGCUCAGCAGCUGAUGGAGGAGGCAUGCAGGGAAGGACAGGGAGGCAGUGGUGGGCUUCUAGCUGGUUUGCCCAAGCUUGGUUAGUGCCUCUUGGUGGAAAGAAAACCCCAGGGGCUGGGGGACACUGUGACCAUCAUCCAGGGAGCAUGAGGUAUCUCAUGGUGCCUGUGUGUCGGGGUUCAGCAUCUCUGCUUGGUGAGAGUUACAAAAAGCCUGCAGAGCAGAGAGCCUGCUGCUGGUUCCCUCCAGGGGACUGACAGCUGGGGGAUAUGUGUGGUCCUUAGCAUGGCUGGGCAGACUCAAGAAGGCAGCUUCCUGCCUGCAGAUGAGGAUGAGUCAUUAGGAAGUGGCUGGGACCAAGCUUUGGUCCAGUGGGCAAGGGUUUACUGGUGCAGGUGGACACUGCUGAUGAACUGCAUCACCUGGAGCCUUCCACAGGAACACUCGACCAGCAUCUCUGUGUACCUGAGAUAGAAGAAUUGAGGGGGUGGGGUGCGUGCUACGUCUGCUAAAACAAGAUUACUGAGGCCUCAGUGUAAUUGUUAUCCAAGGCUCCACCCUGCUCCCCUUUCCUGGACCAGCAACAGGGACUCAGAGCUUUAUGAAAUUUAACCCCUGAGAUACCUACUACCUAAUGUAUGUUGAGGGGAAGGUGCCUUUCAGACCUGUCUUGGCCGCUCUGAAUUCUCAGGAUGCUCUUGGUCCAAGCAGGCCCCUGGCUGCUUCCACUUCAUUGGCACUUCCCAUCUUUCUCUUCCCAGUGUUGUGACCUUGGGCAAGUUACUCCACCUUUCUAAGCCUCAGACUCCUUAUCUAUAAGGCGGGGAUAAGAACAGUGCCUGCCACACAGUGCUGUGAUAAAACAGGAUAAUGACCCAGGACUGCUUAGCAGUUGCCUGGUACCCAUCUUCCAGGUCAUCACCAUCAUCCCAUCAUCUGAUCAUCCUCAUCCUCACCAUCAUCCUAUCAUCUUUAUCUUCCUCCUCUUCAUCGGCAUCUUCUUGAAUACCCUUUGGGACUGAGGUUCUGCUUGGUCGCAAGCCCACAUAUUUCCCAGACCAAACUUCCCAUGAGGAAGGUGGCCUACCGCAGGCCUCCAUCCCACCAAGAUCUGUCCCCAAGAGGGACCCACAGAAUGGCCUUCCUGGGAUGCAUUCUGUUCAGCCACUUGUUCUCAGCGUGCUGCUGGAAAAGGUGUCUGUGAUUCUAGAGUUGGGAGCUCUCUGUGUCAGUUGGAGAUGUCCCAUGAUUUCUGGAGUUCACCAAAUACCACUGCCCACUCGUUUUGCAUUUUCUGGUCCUGAACAUUCAAAUAACAUUCUCAGAGCAGGGAUGUGAUCAGAAGGUCUGGUUCCAGUGGCUAAAGAUCUUGGCUCUUCUCUGCUAGACCCAGCCAGAGCCACCCCACGUGUCACAGCCCUCCUCCAGCCUGGCAAGGCUUGCUUUGGGAGGAAAGGCCGGCCACAACCCUGCUUCUAGUCUCCUAAAAGCUGGCCUUGGCAAAAAGUCACCAUUCCACUGCCCUUCAAGGCCACAGUCAUUCCCCAGGUUCUAGGCAGAGUGGGCUCUGACGCCCACCCCCUGACUUGGAGCAACUUAACCGACAGGGGCCCCCGGCUUCCUGUGGGAAAGACAUCCUCCCUUUGUGAGCACGUGUGUCCCCAUCCCUAAUGACAGGCCAGUAGGUGGCUUCACCUCCUGGAGCCCCAGUUUCCUCAUCUAAGACAGGGUGAGAACGGUGGCCUUCCCACCCCCCCGCCACAGAACUGGGAGGAGCAGGGUCUGAGAGCACUCAGCCAUCUCAUGGUAAGCAGGCGAUCAAAGGCAGCUGCUCUUAAGUGCCAGGCAGCCUGAACCACCAGGAGAAGACUCUAUCCGGGGCGGGGGGACAAUGGACCUGGGAGGUGGCCCCACCCCAGGAGACCCAGGGGCUAAGGAUCUGUGGUCAUCCCACCUGACAGACACUGACAGAGUCUGUUCACUGUGUGCUAUGACAGAAACUUGCAAGAAUUGGUGCCUCUGAGAACAGAAGACCAGGGAGCCACCCACAGGCUCCAAACACAGACUCAGUCCUCCUGACGAACUCCUCCACAUGUGACAACUCAACCUGGCUCCCACUCUGAAAAGUGUGGAAGGAGCCUGGAGAGUCAGACAGACCUGGGUUCCAACCCUGGCUUUGAACAUGCCUCGAUUCAGUGUCUUCACAUAACUGAGCCUCAGGUCCCCGUUCAGUGAUGCUUAAACAAAGCUCCCAUGAGCGAAUCAAUGGCCUGAUGCACAGGAGCGGUCACUUACUAGUGACUCUCCCAUGAGCCACCCCAGUGACCCCCGGCAUCCCUGCACAUCCCGCCAGUCCACUGUGCUCCGGGGCACCUCACUCCUUCAGGAAGAACAUGAGGAAAGACUGCUUAGAAGGCUAGACUGGUUGGAAGAUGCAGGUCUUAAAGUAGAACAAAAAGUAAAGUCGCUCAGUCGUGUCCAACUCUUUGUGACCCCAUAGACUGUAGACUUGGGCUCCUCCGUCCAUGGGAGGAUGGAGGUCUUAAAGCUCUCUAUCAAUAGUCAGUCCUGCCAGCCACGGACUGUCUCACAAAAGGGGAGAGAAGGCGGCAGCACCAACCAGCACAUGAUCCUGUCUUGGAACAGUCCACUGUUGUCACACAUUUUCCUGGGGUGCCGGGAGCAAAGAUUCAUGAGAAGAAAUGUGGAGAAGAAGGGGCCAGAGGAUCCAGCUCUGCAAAGGGAGGCUCCAUCUUCAACUCCAGAGAGAUUACAGCUCAGAGCAGGAAUGCACAUCAAACCAAGAGGCAUCCUCCAGGCACAGGAGUGUCGCUGCAGAAAAGUUCACUGUCAGACCCUGCCCUGCCUCAUAAGGGAUCCCAGCCAUGACUGGGGAGAGAGGCAAGCCCAGGGCAGUUUCUAAGCCUCCACACAGCCUGCUGAAGCACAGGGCUGUGUCACACCCAGGUGUGAAUAAAGAGAGGAGGCACUUCUGACCUGUGGACCGGGGCUUGAGGGUGCCAGGGCCUCUGAGCUCAUG